ACAACCAUCAGUCCCUCCCCUCAUGCCAGGCCCCAAAUCCAAUCACUGCCCAAAUCUUGUAGACUUCACCUCCGCAACAUCUCCAACCUCUGCAACAUCUCCAACCUCCGCAACAUCUCUAACCUCCGCAACAUCUCCAACCUCCGCAACAUCUCCAACCUCCGCAACAUCUCCAACCUCUGCAACAUCUCCAACCUCCGCAACAUCUCCAACCUCCGCAACAUCUCCAACCUCCGCAACAUCUCCAACCUCCGCAACAUCUCCAACCUCCGCA